AUGGGGUCUGGGGACACCCCCGGCACGGAGGGGACGCCCGGUGGGGACGCCGGGUCGGGGUCACCCAGAGACACCGCCUGGGGGUUACCGGUGGUGUCACCCAGAGCCACCAGCCCGGGGUCACCCAUGGGAACAUCAACCAAGGCCACCACCCUGGUGUCACCCAGGGGCACCACCUCGGGGUCACCAGUGACAUCACCCAGGGCCACCAGCUCAAUGUCAUCAAUGACAUCAUCCAAGGCCACCAGCUCGGUGUCACCCAGGGCCACCAACUCAGUGUCACCUCCAGCCACCACCUCGGGGUCACCAAUGACGUCACCCAAGGCCACCCCCUCGAUACCACCCAGAGCCACCACGUCAGGGUCACCAGUGAUGUCAUCCAAGGCCACCAGCUUGGGGUCACCUCCAGCCACCACCUUGGGGUCACCAAUGACGUCAUCCAAGGCCACCACCUGGGUGUCACCCAGGGCCACCACCCCGGUGUCACCAACGACGUCACCCAAGGCCACCACCUCGAUGUCACCUCCAGCCACCAGCUCAGUGUCACCAAUGACGUCACCCAGAGCCACCACCUCGAUGUCACCCAGAGCCACCACCUCGGGGUCACCAAUGAUGUCACCCAGGGCCACGCCCCCCCUCCGGGCGUGUCCCCCCCCCACGGCCACGCCCCCAAGCGGCGUGGGGAGGGGAGGGGCCGGGGGAGGGGCCGGGGGGGGCGAAGCGGCCGCGCCUCGAGGACGGAGGAGGGGACAGAGCCAGGUCGGAGCCCCCCCGGGAGGUGAAGGAGGAGCCGGAGGAGCUCAGCGACAGCUGCGGGUGAGACCCCCAAAAACACCCCAAAAUACCCCAAAAUCAACCUUGGGGACCCCAAAAUACCCCAAAAACACCCCCAAAUACCCCAAAAUCAACCCUGGGGACCCAAAAAUACCCCAAAAACACCCCCAAAUACCCCAAAAUCAACCCUGGGGACCCAAAAAUACCCAAAAAUCACCCCAGAAUACCCCAAAAACACCCCAAAAUCAAUCCUGGGGACCCCAAAAUCAACCCUGGGGACCCAUCAGCAGCGAGGACGGGCUGAGGGUCACGGCCCCCAGUCUGGAGGGGGCCUGGAGGGCGGUCCUGGAGCGGGUACAGGAGGCGAGGGCCAGCGCCCACCUCAGACACCUCAACUUCGCAGGAAUGAGUGGUCUGAGACUCCUGGGGAUGCACCACGACGCCCUGGUGUUCCUGCUGGAGCAGCUCCCCGGGGCCGGGUCGUGCUCCCGGUACCGGUUCCGGUACCACCCCAGAGGACUCCCUGGGACCCCCCCCAGGAACCCCUCGGGCUGCGCCAGGGCCAGAGCUCUACGCCAG